AUGAAGAAAUCGUAUUGUUCGAUUCAUGACUAGGAAGAGGAGAGAUACAUUUGUGUUCACCCAAUUUGCCUUAAAAAAGCUGAUAACAAAUUAUGUUGUGUUUAAUGUUUUACAACUUCGCAUAGAAAGAAGAAAUUAGAUUAACAUUAAUUUAUCAGUGUUUCAGAACUCUAGAAGAAAGCCGAUAGAAAUUAUUAAAGUUUGAUUUAACACUUUAAUGAUCUUAUUGAGAAAAAUGCAGCAGUAUAAACUGAUAUUGAAAGAAAAUUAUAAGAAUUAUUGAAUUCAAUUGUAACAUGGUAAUCUAAUCAAAAAAAAAUGUUCAAUGAUGUUGCUGAUUAUUCAAAUAGUGUUCUUACAUAUAAUAUUUCAAAGGCUGAUUAACUUUUUAAGAAUCCUUCAUUAGAUACAUAUAUUUAUUUUUACAUAAUAGAUUUAUAAAAAAUUGAAAUUAGCAAUCAAGAAAUCACCAAGUAAUCUUUGAGAAAUUUAUAGUAUUAACUUUAAGAUAUUGAGGCAAAAAGAGAUAUACUUGUUACUUAAACAACUUACUUUAAAAAGGAGAACUUUUUAAAAUUCAAAUAAAUGGAUUACUUAAUAGAAAUUAAUAAUCUUAAUGAUUUUGAAUUUUAAAAAUGUUCAAAGCAUUUAAGUAAAAUGAAAAUGUUAUGUACUCAUCCUAAAUGUUUAUAAAAUCCACAAAAUAAUUUAUAAUGCCUAAAUUGUAUUUAAGAAGAACAUUAAGAACAUUAUAUUUAAAAAUAUGUUUAACCUAUUGCAAUAAUUUAGAAGGAAUAAACUGAAAAAAUAAGCUUAAUUUAAGAGCUUAAAAAUAAGUUUUGUUAAGAUAUUUUAGGAUCAAUGGAUAAGAAUUUUACAAAAAUUAAUUAAAACUAGGAAAUUUAUUAUAAAAACUUUGAAAAUCUAAAAGAAAAAGGAAUUUUCUUAGAAUUAUAAUAAUUAAGUUUAGUAUAAAAUUCUAAAAAUUCUACAUAUAUAUUUGAUAAUAUUGAUUUGGAUCUUUUAUAAAUUACAAAGGAUUAAAUUUAAAAGGAAUAUAUGUCACUUUAUUAUAAUUUUGAAACUAAAUUUUCUACAAUUUUUGAGGAAAAAGUAAAUGAUGAUUUAUAAUUUUGUACUGAAUUAGAUUAAAAUUCAAAGAGAUUCUUCAAAUAUGUUAUUAAUUUGGAAUAAGAACUUUAAAUUUGUCAAUAAAAAUUAGAGAAUUAACAAUAGCCAAUUUAAAAUAAAAUAACAAUGACUAAUGAAAAUCCUGUAGAUGAAGAGAUCUAGAUAUAAAAACAAAUUAAAGCUGAAAAUUAUUUUUAAGAAAUUAAGUUUAGUAUAGAAAAACUAGAUCGUAAAUUACAAGAUAUUUAAGUUAAAGAAGAAGUGCAAAAAGGCAUCUAAAAACUUGAUUUAUUAUAAACAAAUUUGAAUAAUUUGAAUGUCACUAUAAAUGAUGUAAAGAAGAACACAUAAAUAUCAAACACCAAAUUAACUUGUCUAAAUUCAAAUUAAAAUGAAUUUGAUGCUUAAUUCAAAGAGUUAAAGAAUAAUGCAUCAAAUUAAUCAAUUAAAUUAUAAAAUAUAAGUUCUUCUAUUAAUGCUAUAGAUGUAGAAAUUAAGAAUGUUAAGACAACUACAACAAAUUAAAACAGUAAAUUAUUGAAUUUAGGUUAAAAUGUUAACACUUUAGAUUUGGCAAUUAAGGAUAUCAAGUAAAUUAAUUCUAAUUAGGAUACUUAAUUCUAGAAGUUAGAGUAAAACAUUAAGGCUUUAGAAGUGGUAAUUCAAGAUUUAAGAUUAAAUACAAUCAAUUAAAAUAGUAAAUUAUAAAGUUUGAAUUAAAGUAUUAGUAAUUUUAGUGAGACAACUAAUUCUAUCUAAAAUACUAAAUUUUAGACUCUUAACUCUGAUAUCAAUUCUUUAGAUGAGGUCAUUUAGGAUAUAAACACAAUGACAAUAAAGUAAAAUAAUAAAUUAUCUGAUUUGGAUUCAAAUAUUAAUAAUUUAAAUUUGGAAAUUAAGAAAGUAGAAAUGAGUAUCUAUAAGAAAACUUAACUUUAAUAUCUGAUUGGUUUUUUUGGUUUUAUCUUCUUAGCACUAAUAAUUACUAAGAAGAUGCAUUAAGCUUGA